GGAAGGAGAGGGGGCGGCAUGCAUGUUGUGUAUCUGCAUUCUGGCUGCAACUGUGCCUUCCAUUCGCACUUAAUCUGUCAAGAUUUCUCCCCUGCUCACACAUGAGAUCGGUGCAGAAGUAUACUGGCACUGGGAGGGAGAGAGCGAGAGAGUAUGAGCGAGAGAGAGAGAUAGAGAGAGAGAGAGAGAGACGCUGUGUGUGCCUCAGACUGCGCAGUGAUGCCUUGGCAGCUUCGGGAACCAGGCGCACGUUCGUUUCAGUAAUAUCCUCUUAUUCCUUCUUCCAGGCUUCGGAAGAGGAGAUGCAGACCAUAAGCUCUCUGCAGGAACAGAAGGAAGACCUGCGGAAGCGUCUCUCUUACACCACUCAUAAGCUGGAGCUUUUAGAGCGAGAGUUUGACUCCACGAGGCAGUACUUGGAGACAGAGCUGCGCAGAGCCCAGGAGGAGCUCGACAAGUUCACCGACAAAUUACGCCGAAUACAGAGCAGUUACUCAGCACUGCAGAGGAUCAACCAGGACUUAGAGGAUAAAAUACACCGAAAUUCACAGCACCACGAUGAUGAGAAACGGGCUCUCAGCCGAGAAAUCAUCGUCCUGAACAAUCAUCUCAUGGAAGCUAAGAUGACCAUAGAGAAACUGAGAGAGGAUAAUGACUUAUACAGGAAGGACUGUAACCUGGCUGCACAGCUCUUGCAGUGCAAUAAGUCACACUACAGAGCCCAGUUAUCUGAGUUACCUGCAGAGUUUCAGGAGCGUGUGAGCUUGCACAUGGAGGGUUCAUCCCUCUGCCACUCCCCAUAUGCCGACACAGUGCCUGCCUCUGUCAUUGCUAAGGUUCUGGAGAAACCAGAUGAGGUCUGCAGCAGUCAAGCCUCUCGCUCACCCAGCCCACAACCCCAGGAACGCCAGGGCUUCCUCGUGGGCACAAGCCUCGUAGGUAGCACUGAGCGUCUCGGCCUCCGAGCUACUUACAAGUCAGAUCUGUACAGCAGUGACACAGCACUUUAUUGCCCUGACGAACGGAGACGAGAGCGGAGACCCAGCAUGGACCUCCAUGGGCAGCGGAAGGUUUAUGAACCCCAGAACUCCACUGAUAGCAACCCAGAAGAGGGAUCCAUGGCACUGCAGCCUGGUUUCUCGCAGGACCACUUCAGGAAGUUUACAACCUCUCUGGGAGGCGGCUCCAGCUCUUACUCCAGCUUUAGUGCAGGAGGGUCCGAAGACAAGGGUCAGGAUCCUCCGAGCAGUGCUGCAUCUUCUCCUCGCCACCCUGCCCUUUACAUGGAAUGGAGGGAUGGGGCUGAAUACGAGCACAAAAGCGACUCUUCCUGGGAGAGGGAGAGUCCAAGCGCCUUCACAAAGGCCCAUGCUUUCCAACCACCUGAGACAAGCCACCAUCAGAAUGGUAGCUCACCUAUCUACAGCAGAACAAUGUCCUCCUGUUACAGUGAACCUUACGAGCCCCUGCCAACUUCCACCUCACCCAGCAUAACCUAUGGUGACAGUCGCCGUGGAAGUGCUUUUGCUCCUGAGGAAGAAGAGCUGAUUGGUCGGUGGAGGCAAUUGAGUGUGGAGGAUCUGAGUGCGCACUCAUACCGCAGUCCCGGGCGGGCCUCACCUUACAGCUUCUCAGAGCAGCACUUCUCGGUCCGGCCUGCAAAAAUUCGCCUUGGUCCUCUCUACAGUAGCUUCCAGGAGGGUACUGAUGUAUACCACCAUCAUGGUGGAGGGCUAGACCCCUUCUCCAGCCCCAGCCCUGAUUGCAGCCCAGGCCUGCGGCAGCAAAGCCAGCCCCACCUGUACCACUCCAAGGAGGAUAGCCAAGAGUCCGAGCAAAGCCUCUACAGCCCCAAGGACGGUGUGGUGGCAGCUGGGGGACAGGCAACAGAGUACGUUGACGUAAGUCCCAACAGUUCAAAUGAGUCACUGGACCAUGGAUCUCUGGAAAUGGCUGCAGAGCUGCAGCAUUAUCAACCCGAGAGGCACAGCGUGUCCCCUCAGGGAACCACCCCACCACCACCUCCACAACAACCGUACCAAAAAUUUGGCACACUAGGGCUGUCACGCAAGGACAGUCUCACCAAGGCACAGCUCUAUGGCACUCUACUAAACUAAGAGUAGAGUUUCCUGGUUAAUCCUCUUUUACAGCUCUGUGGGACUCUACUAAACUAAGAGCAGGGUAUCCUGGUUACCUGCUUGUUUCGGUAGGAUUUGAAUGUUCAGCUACAGUUUGAGCCAAACACAUGAUGGGAUUUUCUGUUGAAUAUUUUCAGUCCAUCUGCUUUUUUCUCUCUAUUUAUGUAUCUUUUACAGUGUUUUCUAAACAUCGAACAUAACCGGCUCAUGUUUCUACGGUUGAUAUGAAGCUCUAGCCUAACACUCAGCACUAUUUGUAUAGCCUAUUUUGAAAGUUUAUUAAUGGUUCUGUGUGGUUUGUGAGAAAGUAUUUUAAGUGCAUUAGGUGCAUUAUGGAUUUUUGGAAACGUGUCUUCAGAGAGAUUAUCUUUGUUUUACCGAAAGCCUUGUGGGCUCAAAAAGAGUUUGUGAAUAGACAGCACAUGCUUUGUAAAAAGAAAUGCUAAUUUUGACAAGAAAUUCGAUCUUUUAUUAUAUAAUUUAUGAAUAGCUGUAUUUAUUAAGUAUGCUAUAUCUAUAAUUGUUUAAUAAAUGUAACACUAUGGAGAGAUUGAACAAUCUAUAUAAUUGUAAAUUAUUUUUAUUGCUAUACAUAAGGCAAUCGGCACAAUUAUACAUGCUGCAAACAAUUAAAAAUGCCUCAAACGAGUAAAGUCAUAGAUUCAAUUUGAGAAUUAACUGACAGAUCUUGACGGAUCGUUUCACAGAUUUGUGAAAAUAAUUGUGAGAAUAACUCAGCAUGGAAUCAUAAUACCCCUAGGUCAGCCUGUCAAGAUUAAGUCUCAACCAAAGUGAUACUUCUAACCUAUUUCUAUUCCGAAUAGAUCUGAUACUACUCAAAUCUAUUGCUUCAUUAAGCGAGUAAAAUAUCUUGAAAGCACUGGGCAUUUUUUUAAACUCCUGAUGUGUUUUGUUGGGCAAUGGGAUUUCCGAGGUGAUAGUCCUUUUUGAUGUUUUCUCUCCUUUCUUCCUCAGUGCUGUAAGCCCCCUCCCUCAGGCCCUCUCUACCUCACGAUUCAAUCCCUCUCUUCUUUCUUAAUCAGCUGGGAUCCAGUGUCAGUUGACACAAUGAUGCAUGACUCUGUUUCUUCUGUUUUGCUUUCUAUAUCUAAUAAAGCACAAUAGUUGCACCAUG